GAAAACUUCUAAAUUCUCAUCCUUCCCAUCCCACCCACUCCCCUUCUUCACCCAAUGGUGACACCAUCAUGACAGAGUCAGCCUGCCACUCGGUCCCUCUCACCGGUGAGGGACACCCUGUUCACCCCAGGGACUUCCGCUUGUCGGCUGCUGCUGAGGAUCCGCCAUUGGACGAGUCGGCUGUCAUUGUCCGGCCAGUUUUAGAGGCCGUCUUCGCCCGACGCCUCAGGCGGCCGGGCAGCGUCGCACGGACCUUCCCUCGGGGACUUCCAGAUUUUGAAUACCUCGGUAAGCCUGGCAGACAAGCAAACACUUCACGGUUCCUUCUGUUUCACUGUGUCUGUUGUGUAUAUGAAUGCAGUCAGGUUUCGCACGCAGUCGCCCCGGGGCAUCAAGUGGCUUCCCUACGAGAAGCUGGCGUACAGCACGGGCUCUCUCCGGUUGCUGGACACGUUCAGCGCUGAUGCGAACGCGCGUGAGAGCGAUGGCGCGAGCGCUGACCCCGUAGUCGACGGUGUGGGGGGGCCUCUGGUUGAGCGCGUCAUCGACAGUAGUGGUGUGUGCGCGGAUCUCGCACCCGCCCUGCCCGACUGGCUGAGGGAGUGCCAUAGCAUUCUGGGCGCCCUUGUCACUUUCCAGAGGAGCGGGGUAAGGACAGACGCACUCACGCACACGUAGAGCACUGCUGGAUGGAUGGAUGUGUGUGGUGCGUGUCUGUCUGUGUUGGCAGGUGUACUAUUGUUUGCCGUUUCUGACCGAUCGCAACCGGCCGCCCGACUGGCCGUUCACCAUCAAGCAUGACAUGUGCCUCCAGACGAUCGCCAGGAAGAUCAGACUGCAGGAGUAUACAGAUGAGAAGGUACACACGCAGCUCGUUCACCACACGAGCGCUCUUGCAUUGUGUUUCUUUCCAUCGUGUGGGUGUUGUGACGUCUGUCAGGGCUUCUGGAACGAUCUGGAUCGCAUUUGGAAGAAUGUCAGCCUCUACUACGGCGUCUGUGGCGCUGUCCCCGCCAGGGCACGGCUGCUAAAGGCCCUGGCGGAGAAGGUGCGCAAAAACCGACAGACCAAUGCAGCAGUCACUAUGGAUGCGGUGCGUUUGGCUGGCCUUUCUCUCUCGAUGUGUGAUAUGCAGCUGCGUGAAGAGGCGUCGGCGCCGACAAACAGACGGCCCCAAGGUGCCCCCCUGCCAUAUGUGGAUGAUUAUGAGGGCAUCACGACGUCGGAGGCCAUCCAGCACGUCACGUACUGCUCGCGGACCGCCCAGCCAGUGGACCUCUAUCUCGUCAAGUGGACGGUGCGCACCCGCACGACGCACGGCAUGAUUGAGGCGUUACAGAACGCAUCCGCCCAUGUGUGCAUUAAUGUCUGUCUGUCUGUCUGUAGGGGUUGAGUGAGUCCCAGUGCACAUGGGAGAUUCUUGAUCCGCUCCGAGAGGACCCCCGCACACGGCAGGCCAUCGCUGAGUGCACGGCCAGGUACCUGUUUCACACCUCCCCAGCAGACCCACACGCCGGUACCUCCGCCCCAUCAGCCCAUCCCCCUCCCCCUCCCCCACCCGCACCGCCCGUCUACGACGGCAAAUCACUGGAUGGCUGGUACGCUGGCACGCGGCGGCCAGCGUAUCACCCAUCCAGUGAUUUGCCGUCGGCUCCAACUGCUCCACCCUCAUUCAAGAGUGCGCUCAGGGGCAUCUUCACCAGCAGCAGUGGAAGCACCACUUCCAGCCAGAGGCAGCAGCAGCAGCAGCAGCAGCCGAGCAGCGCGGCAGCAUCCACCGCAGCCAGCCCAGGAGAGAGGCAAGAGAAAGGGCAAGGGCAAGGGCAAGGGCAAGGGCAGCGGGAGGGCAACACGCGACAUUUGCGCUGGGUGCGGCAGAAGGCCCGUGACCCAUUUCUUAAACCUUGGUGCGACGCGGUGUUGAAGCUAUGUUCCGGGCCGUUGAUGCAGCCGCGCCACGCGACCCUGGCCAUGAUGGUUGGCGGGCUGCUGCUCACGCCCGAAGAGGGGCAGGGGCGCCUGCAUGCGCUGCUGAUGGCGGGGCUGCAACUGGCGGCCCGGAGCGGCGACGUGUGGGAGGCCGACGACCCUUGCUAUGAGCUGAUCGCCCUGCUUAUCUACGACCGUCGAGUGGCCGUGGACACCGUCAUGGACUGCAUUGCGUCGACGUGCAUUCCGCUGCGGGCGCUCAGCGCGCUCAGUCCCGACACAGAGACAGCUGAGAUCCAGUCGAUGGUGGGCCCCUUUGCGGUCGUGCUCAGGGCCACAUGGCAGCCAUUCGAGGACCUCCACCCCAUCAAUGUGGCCUACGAGGGCCCCAUGGCACGGUUCGCCGCCGUCCUGCAGAAGGCCAUGAGUGGGGUCAAAGACAGAAGGGACCUCACGGCGCUGCUCUCGCUGGAUAGGAAACGGCGGGACGAAAUGCGGCCGUCGGCGGGAGACGCAGAGGACUUCAAGCGCGACCUCCGCGCCGUGGAGGACAACGCCGUGUGUGAGGAGGUGAAAUACCGUCUGAUUGUCGAUGCGGCCAAGAGCGGGCUGUGGUCCAAGCCGCCCCGUCAAUUGACCUUCCCCGAGUACGUCAGCCAUUGGGAGGCGGCGGCUCAGGCGGCCCUGCCAGGCUAUCGCGAGUGUGUCGAUCGGCACCUGCCUGCCGCCAUUGAAGCCUGCCGGAACGGCCAGAUGGAAAGGUUCGGGACCGUCAGGUUUGUGGCGGGGGGUCUGACCGCCAUGGGCUACUCACCGCAGGCAAUCCGGCGGAUGAGUGACAAGAGGGCCGACCAGCUGAUGGCGGAUUUCUUCCGAGACCUGCUGACCAAACGGGUCAGGGAGCGAGUCAUUCGGCCGACCCUGUGCCCAUCCAUCCAUCCAUCCAUCAAUCCAUGUGUGUGUGUGCAGGGUGAGAAGUGGGCGAGUCGGAUAAAUUGGCGAUCCGACGCUGUGAGUCGAGAUUCCCAGCUGGCGGUGCUCAUGUGGGUCCAGCAGGCCUGUCUCAAGCGAGAAUACGUCAGUGCACCUUUCCCCCCCUCCCCCCGACUCACAUCACAAUCUCUCACACACGCUCACACACACGUGUGUGCAUCUUGAUCUGAUCGCUGUUUCAGGGCAUUGAGUCGAGCCCCCCUUCAAGCCGGCCCUGGGAAUUCCUGUCGUAUCUGUCGCCCGAAACACUUCCAAGACACCAGCAGCAGCCGGCCACACCAGCAGCAGCCAGCAGCAGCAGCAGCGGCACGUUAGCUGAGUCGCAGCUCGUGCAGAAUCUGCAGCACCACAUCGGCAAGUUCUCCGUCUCCCAGGCGGCGGAGCUGUGCCUCAUCAAGCUGCUCGUGGCGCUGUGCAAGACGCCUGUGGAUGGGAGAGAGAGAGCGGUGAGGCGGCUGGUCAGAAGCGAGCUCAGCAAGAUGGUGAAAAUGUCGCGGGCUGACCCCCUCGACCGACCCUUCUGCCCCACAUGUGAGAAGUGACGGAUGUGGGCACUCAAAACAGGACAAAGGCAACGCGACACUGCCCCUGUGUGUGUGUGUGUGUGCGUGUGCUUGCUGCCAUCAGGCAUGGCAGACAUAGAGGAAGGUAUGGAGGACAUCUCUGUGCGCGACGAUGAGUACGAGCCGGCCCUGCAGCAGAUUGAGGCCGAGUACAAGCUGCUCAUGGUUAUGGCACCCCAAGACAUCAGUGCCAAUGCCAGUACUACUGACACACGGCCCCUCUCAGCCGCGGUCAGCCGCAUCAUGUCGGCCGCCUGGCGCCCCGCCAAGACCGAUGAGAUCUUCAUCAGGGCCGACAUCCGACACGCCGCGGCCUAUGUGGCCAAGCUCAAUGACGCCAUCACCGGCAUCAGCUGGGAGGACAUCACAGCAAUGUUCCAGCUCCAGAGAGAGGCGCUCGACGGGCUGAGAAACAAAAUCAGCGACCUGUGUGAAGGGACUCGCGUCAAAGAGAUGGAGAGGGAAUACGUGGCACGGUGAGCAGACGAGAAUAGACAGCAGGGAGCGAUGAGGAGGGAGGGUGGAUGGAUGGAUGUGUGUGUGCAGGUUGAAGUACCUCUACGCCAAGACGGCGUCAGCAGAGGAGAUCCUGCGCAUCUUUCUUGCCCUCAAGGAGCAAAGAGCGUCACCGCCCCCUGCCCCUCGCACCUGGUCGGCCGACACCUACACCCAGUUCCGCAGGAUGGUGGCCGACGAGGUGCUCAACGGUUACCGAGCCGCCAUCUCGGCCAAUCUUAAGCCGAUGAUCGCCGCAGCGGACCUCAGCUCCUGGGACGUGUUGCUGGCCGCACUGGGCUACGACCCUGCUGCGAUAGAGGGCGCCCCGGUCGGUAAGCGGCUUGAGAUUGUGGAGGACUUCUUGAAUGACGCGCUGCUGCAUGGUGGGGAGCGGUGGAAGGGCCGACUGCCGUUCAAGAAGAUCGCGCCAUCAAAGAUCGUCUUCUGCGUUCGGUCGGCACACCACAAGACGUUGCUCCGGGUGAGCUACAGGGAGAGAGAGAGGGAGAGGGGAUUCAUCUGUGUGUCUGUGGUAGUAUCUCUCUAUCCAUCAGGAGCACAAGAGCAAGGAGUGGCAUUUUCGAUCGGCGAUGCCCAAAGGCGACGAGCAGGACGACGCCCACAUCGACCGGCCAUGCUGCUAUAAGUACGCACGCAGCCACCCAUCCCCCCCCUCCCCCACACACACACGUGUACCCCUCCCUCCCUCCCUCUCUCUCUCUGUCUGUGUGUGUGUGUGUGUGCAGGUGCAACAAGGAGCUGUGUCUGCGGCGGUACACGGGCAAGGCGCAUCUCGCGGACGCCUGCCGGCUGCGUGUGGAGUACCUCGAGAAGGUCGACGAACAGCAGUCAUCUUUGGGAGGCCGCCAGCGGGACAUUCGCACGGCCCUCGCAGAAGCCAAGAGCGAAUACACCAAGGCCAUGCAGGAUCGGGGUCAGUGAGCACCACACACACACACACACACACACAAACACACACCGCACCCAUAAUUGUAUGUGUGUGUGCAAUGAUUGCAGACGACUGUGCCGUCCGUCUGGUCGGUUUUCCCGACUCUGACUCAGAAGAGGGCGAGCUCGACGGCGAUCAAUCCUCAUCUGCACCGUCACCCGUUGCAGCCAUCAGGCCCGGUUUGGCCCCACACAAGCACCAGCAGGAGCAGCAGCAGAAAGGCCGUCGAAAGCCGCCCCAGCAGCAGCAGCAGCAGCAGCCCGUGAGUGCGGCAGACGAAGCCCGAGCCAAGAAGGCCGAGAGGCAGUUGCUGCGCGAGAUCGGCGAGCAUGUCAGCGACUCUGACGAUGACAUUGGUGCAGAUGCAGAGGCACAUCUGCAGCAACAAGACGAGGGCGGGGCUGUUGUCUCUGCGGCGGCGGCGGCGGCGGCCUCUACCAAGAAGAAGCGCAAUCGGCGCAAGAACAAGGCAGCCAAGCCGCCCUCGCCCUCGCCCCCUCCCUCUCCCUCUCCCGACCAUUGUUGUCCGCUAUCCACCAGGCCUGAUGCCACUGAUAAUGUCAAGCCGGGCGACACACACACGGCCACGGCCACGCCCCACCCCUCCCAGCCAUCCUCUGUGCCAUCGGUGCCACUAGACCCGCCGCACCAGCUCGUCGAUGAUGUCAAUGAGCCGCCCUGCCCACAGCAGACGCAGCCUCAGCUGCCGGCGUCAUCACCCAGCAGCCAACGUGAGGGUGGUGGCGAGGGUGAGGGUGAGGGAGGGGAGGGGACAGAGGGGCCUGCAGCGGCUUGCCCCAUCAGGGCGGUCUCUGAGGACGACGUGUCGCGUCAGAAGGAGACGCUUGUGGGCUUGCUGCAGCAGGUGCAGGAGCUGUCAAAACAAAACGACACGUAGGGAACUAUCAGACACCGGACAGACAGACAGACAGACCGACAAACACAACAACCAACAUCCCCCGUGUGUGUGUGGUUGUAAGCAGGUUGUCUGACCGUGUGUUGGGAUCCGAUGACUUGUCGGUGCUGACGGCGUCUGCCGAUGACAUUCGGGCGGAGAUUGCCCGCCUGCGGUCGCUGGAGGGUCAGAUACACCAGCGCAUCGGCCGCCUGAUGUGCUCUGGGACGGGCAGCACACGGGCCGCCUGACUGAGAUGGGUAGUGUGCAAACGUUGCCCGACUCACUCACAGAUAGGUGGAUGUGCUCAUGUGGUAUGUCUGCGUCGACCGACUCGACUCGAUGGAUGUAUGGGUGGUUAAAUAAGACAGGUCAGUCACAGUGAUGUCUGUCGA